AUGUCAGCGACUCCACCCCCCAACAGAUCUUUCAGCCGCAAUUCAUACACUAUUGCAUGGAUCAGCGCCCUGCCCCAUGAACAAACGGCAGCAAUUGGAAUGCUGGAUAAUCAGCAUGCGCGACCUCAUGAUUUCAUUCAGCCUCCAAAUGACAGCAACUCGUACUCUUGGGGCGACAUUAACUCCUUCAACAUAGUUAUCGCCUCGCUUCCUGCCGGGGAAUAUGGAACUGCCUCCGCUGCUGGUACCGCCGUCACUACUUUAUUGUCCUUUCCCCAAGUCCGAUUCGGGCUGAUGGUUGGCAUUGGAGCUGGCGUCCCUAGACCAGGCCGAGACGUUCGUCUUGGUGAUAUUGUUGUUAGCCGUCCAGAGGGAACCAGUGGUGGCGUGGUUCAAUAUGACUUCGGCAAGGCUCUUCAGGGAGGAGAAUUUCGACGUACCGGAUUUCUGAAUAGUCCUCCUAGAGUUCUUCGCAGUGCAGUCACCAACUUGCAAGCACAUCAUGGCCUCCAAGAACCUCAAAUCCCUCAGUACCUUGACCAAAUGGUCAGCAGGUUUCCCCGUCUUGGUCAACCAAACAAUGAUGGUCCGAGUUAUACCUUCCAGGGAGUUCUAAAUGACAGACUCUUCAACCCAACAUACCCCCACGAAGGGGGUGACGACUGUUUGAAUUGUGACCCAACACAACUGCAAAGACGGACCAAAAGGAACUCAACCAAUCCUGUGAUCCAUUACGGAGUUAUUGCAUCGGGCAAUAUGCUUAUCAGAGAUCCAGAAGUACGAGCGGAAAUGGUCCGACGGACAGGGGAGGACUGUAUCUGCUUUGAGAUGGAAGCAGCUGGAUUAAUGAACCAGUUCCCUUGCCUGGUUAUCCGUGGCAUAUGCGAUUAUGCAGACUCUCAUAAAAACGAUCAAUGGCAGCGGUAUGCGGCGGCGACUGCAGCCGCCUAUACCAAAGAACUCAUUAGGCUUCUUCCGGCACAAGCUGUUGCGGAGACUGAUACGGCCGCUGGCAUCGUGAACCCCGGACAGAAUCCCACUCCGACUCUCAACCCAACUAUCAACCCCAGUCCUGGACAGACCACUCCUGCACAGACCCCUAAUCCCGGUCAGUCCCCAAGCAACGGUGAAAUUCGGCAAUUGCGCGAUGAUGUUGCAGGGUUGUCUAGGCAAAUGAAUACCGUCAUCCAGAUGCUCCAGUCCUCCCCGCCUGGUAAUUCAGGUAGUGGAUCCGUUGGUGCGGGCUCUUCUGGAGGAGCCUCCGGGGGAGCUUCUGGAGGAAGUGCUCCUGGAGGAGGUACGAGUACUACUGGGGGACCGGGCGGCACGGAUGUUACCGGCAACAGAUGGUACGGGUUUGCUUUGGCUGAACAAGUGGAAGAGGCCCAGAGAAGAAAUCCUGAAGGGUUCAGAGACGACCUCGUCGGUGCCAUUACGUCUAUUGGCCAUACCGUUUAUAAUUGGAGAGCUGAUCAGAACAGUACUUUGGGCCAGUUUUUCUCGAGUCAUAGCAUCCGGCUGCGUUUUACUGCGGAUGAGCCGGGGUCUGGGGAUGACCCUCUUGCGGGGCUUCCAACAAGCUCUCCGAGGCGGCUUGAAUUUGUUUGCCGGAACUACAGGUUCUGGGGUGGUAUGAAUGAGCAUUUUUGCAGGGUGUUUACUCUCUGGCGUAUUGCUGUUGAGUUUAUGGGGAUGGAGUAG